AGCUCGAGGCUACAAACAGUUAGCAUCCGCGCCGCUCUGUCCGCCAGGAGUCAUGGAGUCGACUCAGAGCCGCUACGCCCACCUGCUGCAGCCCAUCAGAGAGCUCACCAAGAACUGGGACGUGGACCUGGCGUCUGAGCUCAACGACUACCUGGAGGAGCUGGACGACAUGUGCAUCACCUUCGAUGGAGGAAGAACCAGGCUGAACUUUGCAGAAGCUGCGCUGCUGAUCCAGGGUUCAGCCAGCAUCUACAGCAAGAAGGUGGAGCUGCUGCACAGCCUGGUCUACCAAACUCUGGAGUUCAUCAGCGACCGGAACAAGAAACGGAGCAAACAGGCGGUGGCGUCUCAGGAGGACGGCGGGGUGAUGGAUCACCACGACGACGACGUGGACGAAUUCACUCCUCGGGAGCUGCAGGAGACGGAAAACUCCCAAACGUGUGUCUCCACCGCGGUGGCGGAGGUGACGCCUCUUCCUCCAGAGUCUCUGAUUCCUCCUGAAACCCGCGAGAAGCAGAAGCUUCCUCUGAUCAGUGUGAGCGGCGACGUCGUAUGCAGUCAGAAGGACUUCAAGAUCAACCUGUUCAUCCCCGGAGACGAAGAUCUGAUCCUGCUGAGGCGCCGGUCGGCUGCUGAAGGGCUCCUGAUGCAGCAGCAGCAGGACUCUGUGGAGCUUCACCUGCAGCAGCAGCAGCAGCUCACAGAUGCUGAAGCUCCGGCUGGUGGAGAUGAAGCUGAUGAAGCUGGAGCUGAAGCUGUGGAGGACUUCAUGGAUGUGGAGGAACACAUCGACCGGCACCAAGUCUCAGCUCCUGAAGGCAGGAUGAUCAGAGACCGACGUCAGCUGGAGGCCGACCGACGGAGGAGGAUGGACGAGCUGCUGCUGCCUGAACAGGACGACGUCUGGACGCUUCACGACGCCUACGCUGAGCUGGACGGAGAGAAACCCAUGAAGCCAGGGAAGGUCUACAGGGUUCCUGACGGUCUGGACGACGGCGGGAAGCGUAAGAGGAAAGCGGCGGCGGCUCUGCAGGACUUCGGCAGCUGGAUCAGAGGAACCUACGAUCCGUCGGAACACAAGCUGAAGAACGGACCCACGUUCACAGACCUGAACUACAUUUAUCUGAGCAUCAUGGAGGAACGGCUGAAGACCCAGAAGAGGAUCAACAGGAGGGCGGGUCUGGUGGUUUCCGAGGACGAGAUGAGGAGGACGUUCCUGCAGAGGGAGGAGGCGGGGCCUGACGACCAGGGGGAGGAGCCUGUGGACGGCUUCAGAGCACCUGAGCUGCCAGGUGGAGACGAAGACAACUUUGAUAACUUGGAGGUGUUUCCUGACGAUGGUCCAGCAGAGGGCGCCGACGGACCAGACUUCAUAUCUCCUGAAGGUCAGAGAGACGAACUGAGUUAUGAAGCUCUGGUGAUGCUGCGUGUGGAGCAGCUGGUGGUCAACAGCCAGGCCUACACUCAGGAGACGGCGCUGUCUCGACGGGUCAAAGACUGGGAGGAGAAGAUCAGACCUCAUCUCCAGCUGCAGGAGGAGCGUCCCACGUUCGACAUCCACGACUACGGGGAACGGAUCGUGGAGUCGCUCGGCGCCGUCGGCCGGCGCAGGUUCUUCUCCUCCAUCGUUCACGGUUUGGACCCGACGGAGGUCUGCAGGUUCCUGCUGGCGUCGCUGCAGCUGGCCAACGACCACACGGUGGAGAUCGACAGCGCUGCAGGACUUCACCACAGCCUGGACACCAUGGGUCUGACUCUGCUCAGCACCCAGAGGGCGACGGACCGCUUCAGAACUCUGACCGACUCGACCUGAUCAUCAGAACCUGCUGCUCCUUUGUUUACAGUGAAUCAUGCGUCUGUCUGUGGAGGCUCCUGUCACCCCAUCAUCCUUCAGUAUGUCCAUAUUUUUAAUAAACUCUGUGUGUUUGCAGCAUCUGUGUGGACGUCUGAAAACAUCUAAA